AUGGAAUUUUCUGCCAUCCAAGGCCACAAUUGUUUGUCAAGCUCACUGUCUGAGAUUUUUAACCAAAAGUUGAGGUUACCGAGGAAUAAUGUUCUGUCUGAUCGGCCCAUUACUGUUGGUUCCCUUCCUGAGGAAGAACCAUAUAAAUCUCUUGAAGAAAUGGAGGCUGACACUAUAGGGAAUCUCCUUCCUGACGAAGAUGAUCUGUUUUCUGGUGUGGUUGAUGAGUUAGGAUACGGUUCUCCUGCCAGAACAAAUGAUGACUUGGAAGAUUUUGAUCUGUUUAGCAGUGGUGGAGGCAUGGAGCUAGAAGGAGAUGAACAUUUGACUUUAGGCAAAAGUACUAGUGGUCUGGAUGGAGAUUCUGUUUUCUUGGGAGGUUCUAAAGGAAAACUUCCUUUUGGUGAACAGCCUUCUAGAACACUUUUUGUUCGAAACAUUAAUAGCAAUGUAGAAGACUCUGAGCUAAAGGCUCUUUUUGAGGUCUGGUGGCCGAUAUUGACAUUGAGUCUGAAAAGCAUCGGUGGAUGGGAAGUGCUCGUAUAGAUUUUUAUGUUCCGAAAUUUGGAUAAAGGAGAUGAUAGAUCACAAUCGUGAUGUGACCAACGUGUCAAUCUUAUUGUUAAUUCAUUAGCAGACAAUAUAGUCUCACUCGAAUCUUCCAAUUGAGGCAUUACAUUGGAU